UUUUGAUUUGAUUACGACUCUGUACCUAACUAUAAUCAUUUAUUUAUGCACUUAUAUUAUGUACACGCGAGUCCGUAUAGAUUUGUGCACUACAGAAUUAGAUACCUACGAACUUUCUGUUUGGAUUCCAAUAAAAAAUAAUAUUUGAUUUCCAUUGGUAUACCUACCAGCAAUAAAAAUGUUUAAAGUGAAGUAUUGUUGUACUUGGUGUUCGUUGAGAAAGGGUACGGCGAUUUUCGUGGUUGUACUAUCAGUCUUUUGCAUGCAAUUUUGUCAAGUUAUGACGACGGCAGAUGAAGGAUCUUUGGUCAUGUUUGUGGAGACACGGUUUACAUGCGAAAAUGGUGCGUCCAUUCGCGGACGUCAUGUAUGUGAUAGAAUAGGAGACUGUCCUAAUGACGAAGAUGAACUAGGUUGCGAUCGACCUUGUGGAUCUAAUGAAUUCCAAUGCAACGGUCAUGAAACUAAAGCAUGUAUUCCCAUAAGUUUCCGUUGCGAUGGAAAAAUCGACUGUUACGAUAAAACGGAUGAAGCUGAUUGUACAUACUGGCAAAUUGAUUAUGAGCGGUCUGAGCCUGUGUCUAUUAUGAUUGUGUUAGAAGACGAGACUUUUAAUAUCACUUGUUCCGUUUAUGGUGAACCUAUCCCGGAGAUAACGUGGUAUCGGGAUGACAAACCUGUUCCUAGUAAAUGUACAUCGACCAGGAUCAAAAGGAAUGGAGUAUUGAGUUGUCCGAAUAGCGAACUGGCAGAUGAAGGUUUAUACACUUGUAAAGGUAUAAACCGAAAAAAAUUCACUGUGUAUGCCCGCGUUUCAAGUCCAGGAACCAGGGUUAAGGUGGAAUCAUUACCAAUGGCAAAACAUAACAUAUAGGUGCCACCCAGAUGUUGAAAAAUUAUGGCUACUGCCACCCAGUGACAAUUUUUUAUUUUAUGCUCUGAAUUAUACACCCUUUAACGCCAUCUAUCGAUACCUAUAUAGAUAGUCCUAAGUACAUGUCAAAGAAAAUUAAAUAAAUAUAUCGCAUUAUUUA